AUGGCACCUCAAAGCAUCUUUCUCGUCGGCGCUGGAUAUGUCGGACAGAACCAAGCAUCAAUAUUCGAGAAGGCCGGGGCAAAAACCGUCCUCGGUACCUUGAGCGAUCUCGAGCUGCUUACGAAGCAAGCCGCUCUGCAUAAAAUGACCAUAAACACAGCAUCAUCCGACGACCUGCCAAGUGUAGAAGCCAUACUGUCAGGCGUGCGCCAGCGUGUUCAUGCGGGCCUGCCGAGUAUUUAUAUCUAUACGAGCGGAUCGGGCGUGCUCGAUGAUGGUAUAAUAGGGAUGCAUAAGGACGGUAAAGCCUACGGCGACGAUGUUCCAGGAGAUAUCGACGCCUUGCCGCCCUCUUCCAUCCACCGCCACGUGGACAUCCCAAUCGUCCAAGCAGCGCAUGAGUUUGGAGAGAGGGCAAAGAUCGCCAUCAUUCUUCCUGCACUUGUCUAUGGGGUGGACCGGGUCCAUAAGCGCAAUUCUUUCGUGCUGCCGAUUCUGGUGCGCUUCACGUUGAAGCAUGGGUUUGCAGGCCAUGUGGGUGAAGGUCGGAAUGUAUGGAGUGUCAUUCACGUCAAAGACCUUGGGCGCGCCUAUAUGACGAUGUUGGCAUAUAUUGAGAAGUCCGCACCAGCAACAAUCCUGGAGAAUCCAUACUUUUUCGCCGAAAACGGGUCCGAGGUCUUAAUGCGUGAGGUUGCAGAAAAGCUUAGCCAAGUUCUGUUCGAGGCUAGCAAGAUCAAGGGUCCUAAGGUCCAGACAUUUACUGAAGCCGACUAUGCGGAUAUUUUGGGUCCUAUGACUCCUGUUCUUGGUUGUAAUGCGAGAACUCGUACGAUCAGGUUACGGGAAUUGGGUUGGGAACCCAAGGAGAAGGAUGUUUAG